AUGACCUCCACCUUCGCAGCCCAGUUAAUUGACCCCAGUCUAUUUGUGGAACGUGCCUACAUCAACGGAAAAUGGGUCUCAUCUACACCAGCAUCUACGAACGUAUUCAGCGUGUUGAAUCCAGCUACCGAGACCAUCAUCGGCACGUGUCCUGAAUCUACGACCGAGGAUCUCGACCUAGCGAUUCAGGCAGCGACAGAUGCCUUUCCGGCGUGGAGGUCUCUUUCAGGUCGACAGCGGGGGCGGAUUCUCCGUUGGGUGUAUGAUCUUCUUGUUGAGAAUAAAGAGGAUCUGGGACGGUUUAUCACAGCGGAGAACGGUAAAGCGAAGGGGGAUGCUGAAGGGGAGGUGCUCUUCGCGGCGAGUUUCUUCGAGUGGUUUGGAGAGGAGGCGCCUCGGGUGUACGGGGACGUGAUUCCGCAUAGUACUUCGGGGAGUCGGGUUCGGGUGCUUAAGGAGCCGGUUGGGGUGUGUGGGUUGAUUACGCCGUGGAAUUUUCCGUUGGCGAUGGGGGCGAGGAAGAUUGCGGCGGCGUUGGCGGCGGGGUGUACGGUUGUGGUGAAGUCAGAUGGGGUGACGCCGUUUGCGUCGAAUGGAUUGGUAGUGUUGAUGGAGAGGGCCGGGGUGCCGGCGGGCGUGGUGAAUGUGGUGACGGCGUUGGAGAAUACGCCGGUGCUUGGGCGGGGGUUGUGUGAGGAUGAGAGGGUGAGGAAGAUCUCGUUUACCGGGUCGACGAGGGUGGGGAGGUUGUUGAUGAGGCAGGGGAGUGGGACGUUGAAGAAGUUGAGUUUGGAGUUGGGGGGGAAUGCGACGUUUAUUGUGUUUGAUGAUGCUGAGGUGGAGGUUGCGGUUGCGAGUGCGUUGGUGAGUAAGUUCAAGGUGACGGGGCAGACGUGUGUUUGUGCCAAUCGCAUGUUUGUGCAGGAGGGCAUCUAUAAUCGGUUCUGUGAGCGGUUGGUUGAGGAGGUUGCCAAGUUUCGAGUUGGGGAUGGUUUGGAAGAUGCGGCGGUCACGCAUGGACCGUUGAUGAAUGGAGUGGGCAAGGUUGAGGAGCUGGUUGGAGAUGCUGUUGAGAAGGGGGCCAAGGUGCUUCUUGGAGGGAAGCGGUUGCUGUCGAUGGGGAAGAACUUUUAUGAGCUGACCAUUCUGGGCGAUGUUGAUGAUACGAUGCGGGUGACGGCGGAGGAGAUCUUUGGGCCUGUGGCGGCGUUGAGCAAGUUCUCGACGGAGGAUGAGGUCGUGCGGAGAGCCAACAACUGCGAGGUCGGAUUGGCGUCCUAUGUCAUGACCUCGGAUCUGGCUCGCUCGCACCGGGUGUCGGAGAGAUUGGAGGCUGGAAUGGUGGCGAUCAACAUGGGGGUGAUCUCAGAUGCCCCAGCACCGUUUGGUGGAGUGAAGUACUCGGGCGUGGGUCGGGAGGGCAGCAAGUAUGGGAUUGAGGACUAUAUGAACAUCAAGAUGGUGGUCACUGGAGGAAUUGAUCCUGUACAUACUUCGUUGUGA